AGUCUCUCCAUACGGCCUUGUUCAUAUCGCGGUAUCCCAGACACUGUUCCUGUCCUACCUCAAACUUUUAAGUAGUCACUGACGCGUUCAUCUUAAUUACGCUCCCAGCCAAUCGCCAUGUCAGACAAAUCCCUUCCGGUGGAAAGCGAGACGCCGCUGGCUAUUCCCCAGAACGUCUCAAUCGCGCCACAGGUACAGUCGUCAGCAUCUCACACGCAGUCGCUGCAAAAGACGCUCCCGCCGCAAGCCAAAGCCGCCACCUCUGCUAAUGCGAAAGCAGGCAGUUCUGUAGCUACCAAAACGGUGCCACCGACAGCUAAACCCGCGCCCGCGGCUGCUGCCCCUGCGAAACCAAAGACAGGCUCCCAGUUCUCCCAAGAGGAUCUCAACCGCAUCGUGCUUGAGUAUCUCAAUAAACAGGGCUACCACAAGACUGAGUCCAUGCUUCGCUACGAGUCCUCUGGCAACCCCACCGCACAGGGCCCCCCUAUCACUCCCGCUAACACCGCCAUUGUCAAGAGGACCGCGGCCGAAGCUGCUGCGGCUAGCGCUGCGGUGAAGAGGGCCGAAGAUGACAAGCGCAUGGAGAUGGAUCCAGAAAUCUACUACCGCGCGUACCGCAUGCUCCGCGGCUGGGUCGAAACCUCGUUGGAUCUCUACAAACCAGAGCUCACACGCGUGUUGUACCCCAUCUUCAUCCACUGCUUCUUGGAGCUCGUGUCCAAGCACCACGUGAAAGAGUCCAAGGCAUUCUUCGACAAGUUCAGCGAGGACCACGCAAUCCUCCACGGGAUCGAGAUCCAGAAGUUGUCCGGGAUCUCCACCACCGACCACUUGCUGGAAAACGAGCUCGCGCAGGCGUUCAAGCUGAACCGGUACCGCAUUGUGGUCUCCAAGACGUCGCUUAACCUCUUGUUGUACUUUUUGCACGAAAACGAAGCCGUGGGCGGGGGGAUUUUGAUCAGAAUCAUCAACCAAUACUUAGAGCCGAGUAUCGACUCCACCUCUACAAUCGACAGUGCUAAGAAUGACCAGCCAGGUGAGCUAGACCCGGAGGAGGGCAUCUUGGGAAUCACGGGGGUGGAGGAAAUCGAUACCUUCAACUCGCAGAGCGUCAAGUUGGGCAAGUUACCGAUGGAUCCAGAGUUUGCAAAGGAGGUGGAGGCGGAGUUGAAGGAUAAGGACGACAAGAGCCCAAAGGUCAACGGCAAGACGUUGGUCGAGGAGUUCAAGGAAAUGACAAAGGAGGAGGAAGAGCCGAAGGAGAACUUUGAGUCUCCGUCCCGGGAGAUUUUGCCGUUGCCCGUGAAAACGGCGUACGACUUGAAGCGCGAGAUUUUGUCCGUCCAGGACUCUCGGGCCAAGAUCAACAUCGACUCCAUCCAGGCCACCGCGCCGUCCGUGUGCAUGUACACGUUCCACAACACCAACAACGACAUGAACUGCUUGGAGUUUAACGACGACUCGACAAUGGUUGCAGCUGGGUUCUCCGACAGUUUUGUCAAGUUGUGGUCGAUCGACGGCAACCCGUUGUCGUCCAUUCUCAAAAAGGACGGGGACGGCGCUGACCACAACCUACACAGUCGCCGUUUGGUGGGUCACAGUGGGUCGGUUUACGGGGUGUCCUUUUCUCCCGACAACCGCUACCUCCUUUCGUCGUCGGAGGACAAAACCACCCGUCUCUGGUCGUUGGACACCUACACGGCCCUUGUGUCGUACAAGGGGCACAACGCGCCAGUGUGGGACGUGAAAUUCUCGCCAUAUGGCUUCUACUUUGCCACCGCUUCGCACGACCAAACGGCGAGACUCUGGUCGUGCGACCACAUCUACCCGUUGCGUAUCUUUGCGGGACACUUAAAUGACGUUGAUUGCGUGGAGUUCCAUCCAAACUCCACCUACCUCUUCACGGGUUCCUCCGACAAGACCUGUCGGAUGUGGGACAUUAACAAGGGUAACUCCACGCGUAUCUUCAUCGGCCACACUGGGGUCGUGAACUGUAUGGCGGUUUCGCCUGAUGGGAGAUGGUUGGCGAGUGCCGGUGAGGAUUGUACGAUUAAUGUGUGGGACAUCGGCAGCGGGAGACGAUUAAAAUCCAUGAGGGGCCAUGGCAAGGCGACCAUUACCUCGUUGAGCUUUUCGCGCGAGGGCAGUGUGUUGGUCAGUGGAUCUACCGACAACAGUAUUCGUGUCUGGGACAUCAAGAGAGGGACCAACGACAGUGGACCACAGCCAGAGCCGUUCAGUGGCAACCCUUUGAACGCCCCUUCGAGCUCGAACGGUGCUAACGGUAAUGCUAACGCUGCUGGCGACAAGGAUGACCAGGGGAGACGAAGAAGAGAGGUUAUUGCCUCUGCCGACCACAUGACGGCGUACUUUACCAAGCGGACCCCGUUAUACAAGGUUCAUUUCACGAGACGAAACUUGUGUCUUGCCGGCGGGCCGUUCCAGCCGCAAAUAUAGAGGGUGUCUGCCCGAGCUGUUUUGUAUUAGUAACUAUUUUAUGAUGAUUUCUUGAGUAAUGACUCGACCGUAUUUGGUGUACUCACCCUGGGAGACUGUCAAAGCAGAGAUCAGACUUACCCCACCAUAACACACUGCACUUGACUUACUCGCAGUGACCAUUGAAAGAGAGCGAGUAGAGAGUUUAAAUCUUUUGCGCCAACCUGAUACGAGAGAUUUACCGCGUAAAAAUUUGGGACUCGGGAUAUUGAAACGGGUUGACAAGCCAUGCAGAGGCCAAAUGGCAACCUUUGAUUGCCCAAUAAGGCUACCGUCUGCAAAGCAUCGUUCCGGUUUGUAACACGCCGUAAACGCUCAUUACUUGAGAAUAUCAACGAGGUUAGCGGUGUGAAAGUAAAAAAGCUAAUCGACACAGACAAGAUUCGAACUUGCGCAGGUAGAACCCAACGCCUAAACUGAUAUUCGGAAAUAGCAGGGCGUCGCCUUAACCACUCGGCC